AUGAAUAUUUAACUAGUGGGUGGGAUUGAGAAAUGAGUAAUCAAACCUCAUGUUGAACGGGGUGGUCGCUGUGGUUUCUAUAAGUAUAAAAAUGAGUCAUGUCAGUGACAAGAACCAGGGGGCUAAACUGCCAAGCAUCCUCACACAGAGUCUGCUCUUCAAAGUCGAUCCAACUGGGGAGUGACAAACAUGGACAAUCAAACAAUCCAAUACUGCUUUCCAAACAACAAUUUGUCUUGUACCAAAAGUCUCCGACCUGAAGCGGAGUACAUUUUUGUGUAUGUUUUCGUGGCUGUAACAUCAGUGUUCACCGUGUUUCUGAACCUGUUGGUGAUCAUCUCCAUCUCACACUUCAAGCAGCUCCACACUCCCACCAAUGUGCUGAUCCUCUCUCUGGCAGUGGCUGAUCUGAUUGCAGGACUGAUUCUCAUGCCAGUGCAGGGAAUGAAACUGAUUGAAUCAUGCUGGUACUUUGGAGAAAUAUUUUGCUCAAUAUUUCCUCUUAUUCUUUAUGUGGUUGUUGUGGCAUCUCUUGGUAAUAUGAUUAUUAUAUCCGUGGAUCGAUACAUUGCCGUGAAUGACCCUUUGCGAUACCCAAUGAAGGUCAAUAAUAACAGAGCUGUUGUUUCUAUUGUUGUAAACUGGAUAUUCUCCUUUUUAUAUUCAUUUUAUCUAUUGUAUGAGUUUUUACUGUAUCCAGAGAGGAACCACACAUGUAUUGGAGAAUGCAUACUUGUUGUUACACUGGAAAAUCUACUAAUAGAUGCUUUUGUUUGUUUAGUGGCACCUUGUUGUAUAAUUAUUCCUUUAUAUGUGAAAAUCUGCUUUGUAGCAAAACGGCAAGCAAAGCAUUUAAAUUCAGUCACGGAAAAAAAGGCCAAAUCAGAAAAAAAGGCUGCAAGAACCUUAGGGAUUGUAGUACUGGUGUAUCUUCUCUUUUGGACACCGUACUACAUAGUUACUCUUUCUUUUGGGCAUGACGAAAAUGAUGCUCUUAUAAUUAACGUAAUGUAUUGGAUGUUAUGCAUGAAUUCCUGCAUGAAUCCACUUAUCUAUGCAAUGUUUUAUCAAUGGUUUAGAGUGUCAGCAAAAUACAUUUUGACACUGAAAAUAUUUGAACCUUCAUCAGAAUACUUAAAUCUGUUCCCAGAAGAGAAAUGAUCACCUAAACUAUUGCAUGAAGUGCACGAGGCACAAAUGUAAAUACCAUCUUUCUUCGAAUGGAAUAGUUAGAGUUCUUGUGUUGAGCACUUCCUUAUAAAACAUUAGAUGACUCUCUGUGCAACACCUAUGUUUGUGCAAAGUUUAAAUACUAUGUAUGUGUAUUGUGAACAUGUACAUAUGUGAGUAACAUUAUCUGUCUCUGUUUGCUCUCUUGAAGGCCUUAAAAUGACUAAAUCAGCUACAACAAUAUCUUUAAAUACAAAACAAGACAAUGCAAAAUACAAUUGUGGGACAAACUAUAAAACAGCAGCUGGUAAAUGAUUGUCUUGUGAUAUGUAAUUAUCAUAAAAUGUUAUUAGCCUGUUCAUGUUUCUCAAUAGUGUCUGUUUAAACCAGUUGAUCCUCAAGUAAAUCGAAGACAUUGGAAUGACCCUGAACACCCUGAAAUGGAACUGUAUUCACAACUGUAUUCAAGUAUUUUUUAUUGACUAUGGAUCCCUCUUCCAUUUGACUGUCCUGAAGUGCACAGGCCACGGGAACUGAUGAGGUCACCCGUAUCAGAUCAUCUGUAAUUGAACAAAACACAUUUUGCAAACUGUCAGUUAAGAUGUCUCCAUUUUAUUAUGUUUAAAAUAUGCUGGAAUGAUCAACAAACCACACUUAAACACACCAAGGGUCAGAAAUUAAGGAAUCAGCUAAAUACUUCAUAUGUCAUCCAAUUUGUAAAAUGUUCAUAUUGUAUUAUUAAAUUGUGAUAAGCAUGUUACAUUUUGAAAAAAUGUUGCUGCAAUUUGUAAUUUGAGGAAAACAUCUAGCUAGGAAAAAAAAUAUUGUGAUGGGUUGAAUUGAACAUGUUCAGAAAUGCGUUUAUGUGAUAUGUAUGAGUAAAAAAUUAUGCAGUGUGAAAA